GCAACCCUGUUGCUAAGUUUCACAACAAGGCGAGAGAUCAGAAGUUUGCGUGUGCGUGUACAAAGAAGAAGAAGAAAAAGAAGCGGAAGAAGUAGACGUAGACGUAGACGUAGAAGUAAGAGGCUGGAUACGCUUUGUGUGUAUCAUCUGAGCGUCAUAUUGCCAAGAUGUCCACUUCGUCCAGGUCGUGUUUUGUGGUGCUGGCUCUGGUGUGUAUAUAUGUGGUGUACCUGGUGCUCGGAGCUUUGGUGUUUUCGGCACUGGAGAAGCCGCUGGAGGAGAAAGUUCAGGCCGAGCUGAAUCUUCUCAAACAGCAGCUUAUCAGUAAUAUGAGCUGCAUUAACAUAUCCACACUUGAGCAACUCUUAGAGGUACUCAUAAACGCUAACAAAUACGGAGUGUCACUAAUGCAAAACUCCUCCGAGAACUCCAACUGGGACCUGGCGUCUGCUUUGUUCUUCUCCAACACUUUGGUCACCACCAUCGGUUAUGGCCACACCACUCCACUGUCUGAUGUGGGGAAAGCGUUCUCUAUUGUGUAUGCCUUAUUCGGUGUCCCCUUCACUAUGCUUGUGCUGACGGCAUGUGUGCAGCGCCUCAUGGUGCCGUUGAACUUACGGCUGGUGGCGUUGUGGCGUCGGCGGUUCGGCUGGCAUCCUCACACUGCCAGGACCAUACACUUUGUCCUCCUGCUCCUUCUGGUUGUUGUGGUGUUCUUUUUGGUGCCAGCUACUGUUUUCAGCACCAUUGAGGACUCAUGGACCUUUCUGGAGGCUUUUUAUUUCUGCUUCAUCUCCCUUUGCACCAUUGGGUUAGGCGACUUUGUCCCAGGCGAGCAGCCCAAUCAGAAACUCCGACCACUCUACAAGAUCUCUGUUAUGGUCUACCUGUUUGUAGGUUUGAUGGCGAUGUACUUUGUCCUCCGUUCUUUCCAUAAACUGGCUGAUGUUCAGGGAUGGACAGCAUUUUUCCAUUUGCCCAGCUGUGAAGACGAAGUUGAAGAAGAGAGAGAAAACACUCCUGAAGAACCUAAUGAGUGUGAGACAGACACAAAGCCACUGGAACCAAGCACUCGUGUCUCGUACAACUCCAUUAGCAGAUAGACACCUCCAGGCUGACACUCUGUUCACUGAGCAGUAGAGGAUGAGGGAAGUGUAGUGGGUCUUCAGUUGUAAUUUUGCAGACCAGUGCAAUGUUAAUGUUUCUUCAUGGUUUGUUGAUUUGCAUUCAGAGCAGUACUGAUAAAGUUGAGAGGAACAACAAAGGACUGUUUCAUAUGGUAAGGAUUUUCUUUACUAGAUUUUUAUGUUAACUGGACUUGAGGGUUUUUUCUUCUACUAACCGAAACCAGCAAUAAAUUGUUUAGAAGUUUGUUUUUCUGCGGACCAAAUUGGAUAGGUACAUUUUGGGUACGUACUGAUGUUUUUUUGAAGCUAAACCAAAUUGAUAUAUCAGGGAGUUAGAGUGGAUUUCUGCUUCCACAUGUUAUUUUUGUGUUACAAAUGUGGAGAAUUUUAUAACUUUUCAGUCUUUAUUCUUUUUACAAUGUUUCAGGAAUGUCUGGCUCCCAGAGUUUUUCUAAAUGACCUUAUGAACUAGGGGAAAAACGCAAAUGAAAUUAUUUUAGUUUUACUGCUUAUUGGCUGUCUGGACCACUUGCACCUUACUCUAAGAUUAUAAAUUCUGCUUCUUUCAGUAUUAAUCAGAGGAAUUUGUCGCUUUCUUUCCCAUUCAGUCAUUGGUUCUUGGGUGCAUUCUGGGUAAACAUACUAUUUAAAGGUAUUAGAUGUGAUGAUGCACAUUUAACACAGUGCAAUAUCAGUCACGGAGUUGUGCUUACAUGUUUGUCUUUUUUUUUUUCUUGCCACUUAUCACUUUUCCAGGGUUUUUUUUGAUCUGAGGCCUACUGUUUCUGCAGGGCCUCUGUGCAAACUAUGCAACAGGGGGGAAAAAAAUAAAAUAAUAAAAAAUUAGAAAUUUUUAUUUUGCAUCACUAUGCGUUUGGACCACUUGUGCCUUAUUCUAGGUGAUAAUCUGUGAAACUUGAUAUUUGUUAUUUAUAUAUAGGUGAUAAGGUUUACUUCUUAUCAACUAGUAAAACCUGUUCAUAGGAGUAUUUGAUGAUUUUUCUAUUCAGACUGUGUCACAGAGGUGCAGUAUAGAAAUUGGUUACAUGAUCCAUCAAUAUUGUUAUUGCAGAUGCUAUGACAAUACUGUCACCAAUAUUCAGUUUAGAGGAGGGUGCCUUUUUGUGUACUUAAGAUCUGACCCAUUAAAAACUAAUCUUUACAUUUUAGGAUAUUUCCAUAUCUGAGAAGACUUGUCUAAACUUAUAUUAUGUAAAACUUAUUCUUGUAAUAUUGUAAUAAUAAACCAUAAUUUAUCAUGAACAUAACUAGUGCAAUAUGGGUCUAAAUAUUUUUUUAAAUACCAUUUGUAUUGAUAAGUGAUAAAACUAUACCACAUCAUGAUCGAUGGCUAAUAAUGGUUUACGAUCUUGUAUAAGACAAAAAAUUGUCUGGUAAACAGAAUAACUGGAUUGCCUUGUCCAAGAAGGACACAUGAUGCUUCUUUAAAUCCUUUAAUUCAUUGUCAGUGACCAAUAAUGCAGCCUUCUGCUCAAAUGAUCACAUUGAUGACAUUUUGAAGUGUCUGUUAACGUUGUUGUUGUUAUUUAUUAUUAUUGGUAUUCACUUGAUCACAUAUGAUGUUUGAUGUGCAAUAUCAGUGACUCAUACAUGUGAAAUAUGACAGUUACACAUUAAUGAUAUUUACCUGUAUGACUGUUUUAGGACUAAUCUGACUUUAAAUGUUGAUUGUUUUUAAUGUAACUAUGUGAUUGGGAACAAAAAGGGCUAAAGAACAAGAGGGGAAGGAAAAUAAACACAUAAAACAGUA